AUGAGUGGUAAAGAUAGAGAAUACAAGAGCAAGGGAUCAGGGUUCAGAACUACCAAGUACUGUAGAUCUGAAGGAACUCGAGUUGAUUAUAAACUACAAAUACAAACAGGAAGUUACGCGAUGCCUUUGAAAACGAUUAUCUGUAUUGGUAUGGCUGGUGCCGGGAAAACCACUUUCAUGCAAAGAUUGAACUCCCAUCUUCAUGCAGCUAAGGAGCCACCAUAUGUGAUUAAUUUGGAUCCAGCGGUGUUGAAUGUUCCAUACGGUGCGAAUAUAGAUAUCCGUGAUUCCAUCAAGUACAAAAAAGUGAUGGAGAAUUAUGAGUUGGGACCUAACGGUGCUAUUGUAACAAGUCUAAACUUGUUCAGUACGAAGAUCGAUCAAGUGCUCAAACUAGUGGAGAAUAAACAAGACAAAUACGAGCAUUGUAUCAUUGACACACCGGGCCAGAUUGAAUGUUUUGUGUGGAGCGCUUCAGGUCAAAUUAUUACUGAAUCCUUUGCUUCAACUUUCCCUACUGUUAUUGCCUAUAUCGUUGACACACCAAGAAACACCUCGCCAACAACGUUCAUGAGUAACAUGUUAUAUGCCUGUUCAAUAUUGUACAAGACUAAGCUACCAUUGAUUGUGGUUUUCAACAAGAGCGAUGUCCAAAACUGCGACUUUGCUAAAGAAUGGAUGACGGAUUUCGAAGCUUUCCAAACUGCACUAAGAGAUGAUCAGGAAAGCAAUGGCCAAACUGGAUUGGGCUCAGGAUACAUGGGAUCUCUUGUUAACUCAAUGUCCUUAAUGUUAGAGGAAUUUUAUUCCCAAUUAGACGUGUGUAGCGUUUCUAGUUUCACUGGUGACGGGUUUGAUGAGUUCCUAAACGUUGUGGAUAGUAAAGUGGAGGAGUACGAACAAUAUUACAAGGCGGAGAGGGAGAGAAUAAUCAAGGAGAAAGCAGAGAAGGAGAAGCAAAGGAAAGAGAAGUCUUUGGAACAUUUGAUGACUGACCUUGGGCUCAAAGAUCAAGCAAAAGCUAAGAAAUCAUCAGAGGGAGAUGCCGAUCAACAUGAUGAUAGUGCGGAUGUCAUUAGCGAUAUAGAAGAAGGCGAGAACGAUGGAUUGAUAGAGCCAGAUGAAGAAGAAGAAGAUGUUGGGAGGAGUACUGAGAGAGAAUAUACGUUUGCUGGAGAUGAAAGGUUGAGUGGUGAAGUUAACGAUUCGAAAGCACCGGACUUACAACAAAGGUACGAAGACGCCUUCGCCAAAGUUGCUAAGAACGCCAGUAGUCAAACCGCAGAGAACAUUGCACGUUAUAUAAGACAAUGA